AUGGCGGCGCCCGGGGGCUCUGCUGCCGCCUCAGUGUUGAAGGGGUUAAUUCAGCAAUUCACCGCCAUCACGGGUGCCAGUGAAAGUGCAGGCAAACAUAUGCUUGAAGCAUGUAACAAUAAUCUGGAAAUGGCUGUAACUAUGUUCCUUGAUGGUGGAGGAAUUGCUGAAGAACCCAGCACUAGUUCUGCAAGUGUAUCAAAUCUGCGACCACAUACAGAAGAUGAAGUGAGGGCACCUAUUCCUCAAAAACAAGAAAUUCUGGUAGAACCCGAACCCUUAUUUGGUGCACCAAAAAGACGUAGACCAGCUCGUUCAAUAUUUGAUGGCUUUCGGGAUUUCCAGACAGAAACUAUUCGGCAGGAGCAAGAAUUGAGAAAUGGAGGAGCCAUAGAUAAAAAGCUCACUACCCUUGCAGAUCUCUUCAGGCCUCCAAUUGAUCUGAUGCAUAAAGGAAGCUUUGAAACAGCCAAAGAGUGUGGUCAAAUGCAGAACAAAUGGCUCAUGAUUAAUAUUCAGAAUGUGCAGGAUUUUGCCUGUCAGUGUCUCAAUCGUGAUGUUUGGAGCAAUGAUGCUGUAAAAAAUAUUAUCCGGGAACACUUCAUUUUUUGGCAGGUAUACCAUGACAGUGAGGAAGGACAAAGAUAUAUACAAUUCUAUAAAUUGGGAGAUUUUCCUUAUGUGUCUAUCCUGGAUCCCAGGACAGGGCAGAAACUAGUGGAAUGGCAUCAGUUAGAUGUAACUUCUUUUUUGGACCAAGUGACUGGGUUCCUAGGUGAACAUGGGCAACUGGAUGGACAUUCCACCAGCCCUCCCCAGAAACGUACUCGCUCAGAGAGCUUAAUUGAUGCGAGUGAAGAUAGCCAGUUGGAAGCUGCAAUCAGGGCAUCGUUACAGGAAACACAUUUUGACUCUGAACAAAUCAAGCAGGAUAGCAGAUCAGAUGAAGAGUCUGAAUCGGAGCUUUUCUCUGGAAGUGAAGAGUUUAUUUCUGUUUGUGGUUCUGAUGAUGAUGAACCAGAAAGUUCUGCCAAAUCUAGAAAAUCUCCACACAAGGAUAUGGGAUGUAGAAAAGAGGAAGGCAGAAAACCUCAACCCGAACCAACAUCAAGAACUGAACCUGAAAUGAUAAUAAACCACAGAGGACUAUCUUCUAUAGAUUCAGGAGUGCUAGAAGAAACUGGAACUAAGCCAGAUGACUUACAGAAAGAGCCGAGCAUGAAUGGACCAAAAGCACAACUAAUGCUAAGAUAUCCAGAUGGGAAGAGGGAACAGAUUUCAUUACCUGAACAAGCUAAGCUUCUGGCUCUUAUCAGACAUGUACAGUCAAAAGGAUACCCCAAUGAACGUUUUGAACUCCUCACCAACUUUCCCCGGAGGAAACUUUCCCAUUUGGACUAUAACAUUACAUUGCAGGAAGCUGGUCUUUGUCCACAAGAAACUGUAUUUGUUCAGGAAAGGAAUUAAUUUCCUCCCUUAUCAUCUCCACCUACAGUACUAACUCAGUACAUAUGCAGAAUUGAAAGCAAGCAGCCAUUUCUCUCCCAUUCUUUAUGCUAUUCUUAACAAGUGAACGAAGUGAAAUUGGCAGAAAAAGUUCAUUGAUGCUGGAGGAAGGCUUAUGUGUUCAGUGGUUUGUUGCUGUUUCAAAAUAAAGUUGCCUAUACAUCCAGCAUGCUGCAGAAGAAAACUCCCGAGCAAGAACAAUUUUCUUCCCCUGAGAAAAAGAUAUCUGUUUUCUUUAAUACAUUCAUUUUUCAGAGAUCAUAUAACCAGGCAUUAAGGAAUUUUUCAGACAACCAUGUCAACAUGUGCAAUAUAUCUACACGGAAGAUAUUUUGUGUUUCCAAUUGACAUGUGCAUUGUUUGGUUUUCAGCAUGGGUUCUUUUUCCUUGGGUUCCACGUGUUCUGAAAUUAGAAUGCUUCCCACCGUAUACUGCUGGUUGUAUGUAAUAAAUUGUUACACAUUUAUGUGCACAGCUUUUUAGGAAAGAACCACAGGCUUUAAUGACUGUGAAGAGAUUCUGUGUUUUGGCUACAAGUCAAGUAAAAAACAAAUGAUGUGCUAGAUUCAUUGCCCAAGUAACCUUUCAUAAAUCAGUGACAUUGCAAAAGGGGCUGUAGAAUAUGGAACAUGAAAGUUGUAUGUACUGCUUUUGGUAGAGAGGAAUGUGGUAAUGAAGAAAAAUAAUAGAUGUACUUAGUAUUAUAAAGUUGCCUUGUGUAACCCAGAACUGCAGGCUUCUUCCUUUUCACAAUUAAAAUUGUAGAAAGGGAAUUGAUUUCUCUUUUUUUCUCUUCAAAAUAUUGCCAGAAGUGAAACAGUCAUAAAGGUUGAAUGUAAAACUUUUAAAACCUCUUCUUAAUGUUGUUUUCGUUCACUAUUCUGCCAUUUGGAUGUUUCUCCCAUUGACAUUUAGUGAAUGUACACAGAUUCUGGGCCCCAAGCAAGUAUCUUUUUUUCAGAAAUUUUGAAAUAUUUUUGAGUAACAAUUGAAUUUAAUUAUGUUAAUAAAAUUUAAUUUAAGUACAAAGCAGUAAACAUGGUUUCCCAACAAGAAAUGCGAUUUGAAAAAAAUUAAGAAAUAGCUGUUUGCCAUCGUUUGUUCUAAAUGGCCAAAAAAUUAUAGAUAUGUUCCAAAUACAAUGGCAGCUGAGUGUUGGAUCAUUGGGAUCUGAUAAUAUUUGGCAUUAAACUAGUAGGAUGGGUUGUAUUGCCAUUACAUUUGAUUAAUCCCUGUAUGUGAAUUUAAGGAUUAAAUAUAUUUAUGCUGCAUUGUAGAAUGAAAACAUUCCCCUACUUAUUUUUUUUCCUGUACAGAUACUAGUAACAGAUGUAAAACAAAUGUAGCAUGGAUUAAUAAGUAUUUUAUAAAUAGGCCACAAUUGCUUUUAUGUUCAAUCAAAACCAUGCAGCUAUUACAUUCCUAAAUUAAUGGAGACCCAGAAAUAUGCUCAGUAAUGGAUCAAGCUUUAAAUAUGUAAUGUUUUUGAACAUUGAUACCUACAAACAUUGGGGACAUAGGUAAAAAGAAUAGUGAAGGUUAAUGCUGUAGGUAGUAUUCUGUUAAAAUGUAUCUAGAUGCUUGUAUCAAAUACUAACAGUUGUGCUCUUAUCUUUUUUUUUAACCACCUUUCAUCCUUUAUUUUUCCUUCAAUUUUGUUGUGACCUUUCCUCCUGCCUUACCUUUCAGAAAUCUUUUAAAGUUCUUGGUCUGCUCCAGGAAAUAGAAACUUUAUCUUACACAUCUUCCAUUUGUUGAUUUUUAUUUUUAUCCUUAGAAUAGUCUGGAAGUUAAAUCAUGGUAACUGGAAUUCUUUUUGGUUUGAAAUCUUUUGCUGCUUAUUCAAGUAGCUUCUUCAGUCUGAAGAAAAAUAGUUUACAGAAUAUCCUUUAAAUAGUUUAGUAGCUGAAGGCCUUAUGAACUGUGGUUCUAAGACAUUCUGAAAAAGGGAGAAUUGUAGAAAGUGUCUUCCAAGCAGAAAAGCAGCACAUAAAUCUUAAUUAGGGACAAAAUUAUUAUAAUUGGAUAAUUUAAAAGUUAUUGUUACUAGUAUUUUUACAGGUUUUUGUUUUAAAUAUUACUGUUCAAGGAAUGUGGAUACGGGUUAUGUAAAAUAAGUUGUGAAUUAAUGCCUGAUUCUAGAUUGUCCUCUUUUGUCUCUAGACUUAAACAUCAUUCCAUCUUAUGCAAAAUAAGAUGGAAAACAGUAUAAACAAUGUAUACUGUUGUUUCUAAAAAUACAAUUUUAGUAAACGCAAUAGAACCCACUGGGGAUUCUAGUCUUUCAGUCCUAUUUCAGUUUGCUAUUGAAGCAGAUUAGUGAUCAUAGAGAACUUUGAAAUGAUCUUUGGAGGAUCCAUACACAUACCUAAACAACAACAGAUUCCUGGCAUUUGGAAUUUAGGGAAUAUCUAAACAUCAGUGAUGUUUGCUAUAAUUGACAAGCCUGCCAUCUGCAAAAUCAUUUGAGAUAAGCUCCUCAUUGUCAUUGUUUCACUUUUAAAUAUGCAGGUGUAAUAUUAGAAGAUGAAUUCAAAAGGCAUUCCAAAGUUUUCAAAUGAAAGUUUAUCUGUUUGGAGAAAUUGAUAUAUUAAUAUCAAUAUUUAACUUUGGAGGAUGUGAUUUGGAUUCUGAUAAAAUUAUGGUUCCUUCAAAACAUUUAACUUUUUAAAGUUGGAUUGCUAGCUUUAUAUUGUUAUAGCUUGAGCUAUGUAAAACUGUUGUCUACCUUUUUACCGAUAAUAGAAGCCAUUUCUUUUAAUUAUGAUAUAAUUUUAAAAUGAAUGGGGGAAGAGAUGUCACUGGCUGUGAUAAGAAUGAUCAAACUCAAGGCAACCUCUGAUCUAUAUGUACAACUGCUGCAUUUUUAUAAAUAUGUGUAAAUGUCCUUCCUAAUGUAAUAUUUUGAUCCUGAAAAUAAAUCAGACAUUUUCA